AUGGUUCAGGGACGAGUUCUCGUCAUUGCCGGCUCAGACUGCUCCGGCGGAGCAGGCCUCGAGGCAGACCAAAAAGUCAUCGCGGCGCAUGGCUGCUAUGCCAUGACGGCCACCACGGCGCUGACGGCGCAGGACACGACUGGAGUGCACGACAUUCACCAUGUUCCGCAGGAGUUUCUACUCAAGCAGAUUGAUGCCUGUAUUGGCGACAUUGGUGUGGAUGUUGUCAAGACUGGCAUGCUGGCCUCGCCUGCUACGAUUGAGACGGUUGUUGAAGCUCUCAAGAGGUGCAAGGUCCCCAAGGUUGUCGUGGACCCGGUCAUGAUCGCGACUAGCGGCGCGGAGCUGCUCCCCCGCGAGGCCGUCGCCGCGUUGUUGGAGGGCCUGCUGAAGCUCACCACCGUCCUCACGCCAAACAUUCCCGAGGCGAAGCUCAUCCUCGAGGACUCGGGGCACGCGUCGGUCGAGAUCGAGAGCGUCGGGGACCUCGAGGCGAUGGCCAGGUCGGUCCAGGCGCUAGGGCCCGAGUGGGUGCUCGUCAAGGGCGGACACGCGCCGCUCAAGGCGGACUUGACUGUGGCCAAGAGCGAUGAGGACAAGGCUGUUGUUGUGGAUGUGCUGUAUGGGCAUGGCGAGUUUUGGCAUGUCGAGAGCCCGUAUCAGAGUCUCGGUGUGCCGGAAGCUGUCAAGUCGGCUUGUCGAUACAUUGAGGCUGGGAUCAAGACUGCUCCUGGUUACGGAAAGGGACAUGGUCCGCUGAACCACUUUCACUCUAUCCAGACGCUACCUUUUGCGCCGGGGCGCUUCAUCGAGUACAUGCUUGAGAGGCCGGAUGUCAAGAAUGUUUGGAAGACGUUUGUGUACCACCCUUUUGUCAUGGCCAUGGGAGACGGGACGCUGCCCAUGGAGUCGUUCAAGCAGUAUCUCAUCCAGGACUACCUCUAUCUUGUUCACUUCGCCAGAGCUAAUGCGCUGGCUUCUUACAAGGCGAAGAGCAUAGCAGACAUCUCAGCUGGUGCCACAAUCGUCAACCACAUAAGUCGUGAGAUGAGCCUGCACAUCGACUAUUGCAAGGGCUUUGGCAUCACGGUGCCUGAAAUUGAGGCCACAGAGGAACAUCAAGGCAAGUCUAUCUUGACCGUACACACAGCAUGCACGGCGUACACGCGCUACGUCCUCGACGUGGGCGUCAGCGAGGACUGGAUCGCGCUGCAGAUGGCCCUCGCGCCGUGCCUGCUCGGAUACGGCGCCGUGGCGAAGCAGCUCCACGGCGACGUCAAGACGAAGCGCGAGGAGAACACGUACUGGAAGUGGAUCGAGAACUACGUCGCUGACGACUAUGUCGGGGCGGUGAGGACCGGCUCAGAGUUGAUUGAGAGACAUGCCGCCUUGCAGAGCCCGUCGAGUAUAGAGCGGUUGAUCAAGAUCUUUAUUCACGGCACAAAGGUUGGUUUGGAUGUUUGUUGGGCGGGGUGA